GGCCACCCCUUGCAGCAUGCUCGCGCUCAGUGUCUUGGCCGAGCUGCCGCGCCCGACGCUCAUUCUCCAAACGCUCCUCGCCAUGGCGCUCGGCAGCUUCUUCUUCCUCAAGGCCAGCCAGCGCCGGACGCUGCCGCCGACGCCAUCGAGCUACUGCGAGCCGGACGGUAGCAGCGCCAAGCCCGGCCACGGCCCCGUGUACCGCGUUGGCCCGUUCCCCGAGCCGGCGUUCCCGUCGCUCCUCGAGGUCCUCCAGCACUCUGUGCGGUCGCACCCGACCAAGCCGUUCUUGGGCCGCCGGCCCAUCGACAGCGCUGGCAACGCCGGACCGUUCGUCUGGGAGACGUAUGAAGAGGUGUACGUCCGCAUUCAAAACUUUGGCGCUGGCCUCAUGCGCGAGCGCAUGGUCGAGCCGCUCGACAGCACCGAUAACAUGCGUCUGCUUUGCAUCUACAUGAAGAACCGACCCGAGUGGACGAUGGCGCAGUAUGCGGCGUACUACUGCGGCGCGGGCAUCUCGCCGCUUUACGACACCCUCGGCGUGACGUCGACCAAGUACAUUCUCAACCAAACGACCGCGUCGACCGUGCUCAGCACCACGCUCGAGCUCCCGAGUUUGCUCGCCAUGAAGGCCGACGUGCCGACGAUGGCCCACAUCAUCCUCGCCGACGUCGAGACGGUCUCUGACGACGACGCUACCAAGGCCGCAGCCGUCGGUGUCAAGCUCUGGACCUUCAAGCAGAUUGAAGGCGUUGGCGCCGCGUACCCGGCUGCACCGCGCUACCCCAAGCCCGACGACGUCUCGAUCUUGAUGUACACGAGCGGCACGACGGGCGACCCGAAGGGCGUGGUCUUGACGCACGCCAACUUGCUCACGACCAACAUGGCGUGCGACGAGCGCGUGACGGUCGGCAAGGCGAUCAACGCGGUCAAGAACCACCCGACCUUUCUCUCGUACCUCCCGCUCCCGCACGUAGCCGAGCAGGUGUUCCAGCUCUUUAUGAUCCGCCACUUUGGCGCGCUCGGGUUCUACCAAGGCAACACGGCCAAGCUCCUCGACGACCUCGCGGCGCUGCGCCCGACCAUCUUUGCGACCGUGCCCCGGCUCCUCAACAAGAUUUACGACACGAUCGUCGGGUCGGCGUCGGCGGCCGGCGGCUUUAAGGGCUGGCUUUUCCAGCGCGCGCUGCGCACCAAGCUCGCGAACCUCCCGUACGGCGUCACGACGCACGCGCUGUACGACAAGCUCAUUUUUUCCAAGAUUCGCGUCAAACUCGGCUUGGACCGCACGACGUUGAUGGGGUGCGGGUCGGCGCCGCUCUCGCCGGACGUUCUCGCCUUCUUCCGCGUCGUCAUGGACUGCCCGGUCCUCGAGGCGUACGGCCAAAGCGAGUGCAGCGGUAUCUCCAACAUGACGCACUACCUCGACUUUACCGGCGGCAACGCGGGCCCGCCGAUCGCCAACUGCGAGAUCAAGCUCGUUUCAGUGCCGGAAAUGGGCUACGACGUCAACGACACGGAGCACGGCGACGACGACGCCAAGAUUGCUGUCCGUGGGCGCGGCGAAGUCUGCUACCGCGGCCCGAGCGUGUUUCCGGGCUACUUUAAGAACCCAGAGAAGACAAAAGAAGCCCUCGACGAAGAUGGCUGGCUGCACUCGGGCGACGUUGGCGUCUGGCUGCCGGACGGACGUCUCAAGAUUAUCGACCGCAAGAAGAACAUCUUCAAGCUCUCCCAAGGCGAGUACGUCGCCCCCGAGAAGAUUGAGCUCGUUAUCAAGGGCAGCGUCUACGUCAACCAGCCCUUUGUCUAUGGCGACUCGCUCCACUCGGUGCUCGUCGGUAUCAUUGUGCCCGAAGAAGCCGAGCUCAAGACCCUCGCAGCCUCGCUCGGUGUCUCUGGCUCGUUCGAAGAGCUCUGCGUCCACGCCAAGGUUGUCGAUGCCGUGCAAAAGGACAUUGUGGCCGUGAGCAAGAAGGGCGGUCUCUAUGGCUUUGAGACGGUCCGCGCGCUCUGCCUGCAUCCCGAGCCGUUUACGGUCGAGAACGACCUCAUGACGCCCACGUUUAAGCUCAAGCGCAACGAAGUCAAGAAGGCUUUUCUCAAGCAGAUCGACGCGCUCUACGUCAAGAGCGGCGACGUGGUCGCGGGCAAGAACGUCAAGCAACAGUAGUCACCUAGUAUUGGUCAAUCCAUAGUCUUUUUAUUAUAUGCCA